CUUCGUGUUUUUGGCUGCCUAUGUUAUCCAUGGCUGCGUCCUUAUACUUCUUCAAAGCUUGAACCUCGAUCUGUUCCCUGCGUUUUUCUAGGAUAUAGCAAGCUUCACAAGGGUUACCGUUGUCUACACAUUGCCACUGGUCGUAUUUAUAUAAGCCGUCAUUUUCUUUUUGAUGAAACACGAUUUCCCUUUUCCGAAAUUCAAAAUUCUCCUGCCACUGAGUCUUCGCCCUCCUUAUCCAUGCCAAUAAGUUUACCCCUACCUCCUCUCCCAAUUUCUCCUAGGCCCAUCGACCCCCCAAAUCCGCCUGUCGAACCCUCCCUAACUCACACCCCUCCUUCGGCCCACCCGACGCCUUUGGCCCAUUCCCUGCCUUCGGGCCCUUCCUCGCCCAGCCAACCUCACCCUGCUGGCCCAUCUCACCCUGCUGCAUCUACCUCUCUUCCUGAUCCAUCAGCCAGCCCAACCCCUGCCCCAUCCCUUACCCCUCCAUCGUCUCAUCCUCCCAGCCCUCCUCACCCUGUUGCAUCUGUCUCUCCUCUCGAUCCCUCCUCUGCCCCAUCCCUUACCCCUUCGCCGUCUCAUCCUAAAUCGACCCCACUUCCGCCCCGUCGUCCUCUCCCCUCUCGUCCCCCAUUCACUACCUCCCCUCGACCUAUACCAGUUACAAAUCCUACCUCGUCUACCCAUCCAAUGGUGACUCGCAUUAAGACCGGCAAUCUCAAACCCAAACCCAAAACCUUUCUCACCCAUCUCCCAAUUGAUGACACGCCCUCCACCGUCGCCCAGGCCCUCAAGAAUCCUCUCUGGCGCUCCGCCAUGGCUGACGAGGUCACCGCCCAACUACGCAACCAUACUUGGGACCUGGUUCCUCCACCUCCAGGCUGUAACAUACUCACCAACAAGUGGGUUUAUCGUACCAAGGUCAAACCUGAUGGCUCGCUUGAUCGGCGACGGGCUCGGCUGGUCGCUAGGGGAUUUCAACAAGUUCCCGGUCUGGAUUUUGAUCGGACCUACAGCCCGGUUCUUAAACCCGCCACAUUACGGCUCGUUCUCGGCAUUGCUGUUUCUCAGGCAUGGCCCUUACAUCAAAUUGAUAUUGCUAACGCCUUUUUACAUGGUGAGUUACAGGAAACAGUAUAUAUGCAACAGCCUCCCGGAUUCGUUGAUCCAUAUAAGCCGCACCAUGUCUGUCGCCUACGCAAAUCAAUCUACGGUCUUCGCCAGGCACCCCGAACAUGGUUUCACUGUCUUGCUGCGGCUCUUACACGUUUUGGUUUCUCGGUCUCCCGGACCGAUCCAUCACUUUUCAUCUACAAGUCUGGGUCUGUUCGGCUGUAUAUGCUUGUUUAUGUUGACGAUAUCGUCAUCACCGGCAACGAUUCAGCUCUUAUUCAGCGGCUAAUGGCCUUUCUUCAUGAGAAUUUUGCUCUUCGCGAGCUGGGACCACUCUCCUACUUCCUCGGCAUUGAAGUUCAACGCUCUUCCAAGGGUAUAGUCCUCAAUCAGCGCAAAUUCAUUCUUGAUCUUCUAGAGCGCGCCAAGAUGUCCAUGGCCAAUCCCAUUUCCACUCCUGCCACAUCAGAUCUGCUCCAGCAAACAGCCCCUGCUCUUUCUCCACGGUUUGCUGAUCCUGCUUUAUAUCGCAGCAUCGUUGGCGGGCUGCAGUAUCUUAGUUUCACCCGACCCGAUCUCUCCUUUGCGGUCAAUCUUGUAUCUCAAUUUCAGCAGGACCCCACUGAUGCGCAUUGGGCGGCAGUUAAGCGCAUACUACGCUAUCUUAAAGGAACUAUCAAUCGUGGCUUGGUCUUCUCCCAAUCCCCUACUAUGCAUAUUCAUGGGUACUCCGAUGCAUCCUGGGCAUCUUGUCCCAAGGACAGGAAGUCAAUCACAGGCUUUGCCGUCUUUUGUGGAUCCAAUUUGGUCUCCUGGUCUACCCGCAAGCAGAAAUCGGUGGCUCGCUCAUCCACAGAAUGUGAGUAUCGUGCUCUCGCCACGCUUGCCUCAGAGGUCCUCUGGCUUCGUUCACUACUUCAAGAACUGGGUCAAACUAUUCCCUCUGCCCCUGCUCUAUGGUGUGACAAUCUGGGCGCCACCUUCCUUGCUCAUAAUCCAGUCUUUCACAAUCGAUCGAAGCAUAUGGAGAUUGAGUUUCAUUUCGUUCGUGAUCAAGUGAGCAAAGGCCACCUCCAUGUUCACUAUUUACCUGCUACAGAUCAGAUUGCUGACGUACUUACCAAACCGCUGCCACGGGUAUCCUUCAACAGAUUCUGUUCCAAGUUUCGUCUCACGGAGCCUCAACUUGCGGGGGCGUGAUGACGUGUACUACCUCCAUACAUUUCUCCUUUGCUGUUAGUAGCUGUUGUAGGUUGUUGGCAGCCCCUGUAUCCACUACCUUUCUGUUCCUCAUCUUCAGCAGCACGUUCGGCUGCAUUGUACUUUAAAUACUCUCAAUCAAUAAUAGCACAGCAAGCCUUGAGCUCAUUCAAUUACUAGUUUAUCCUUUUUUUGUAUUAUUAAGAAAUAUCAAAUUCCCAUAAUCACAAUUAAUAAAAAAAUUAUGUUGGCGCAGCUGAUUCUGGCGCCCUCCUUGAGGAAUAAAGAAGCUAAUCAAUA